CAGGUGAGCCGCUGCAGAAGUUCGCAAGCAGCAGUCGGUUUCCUCGCUCGGCUCUCAGGAAUGUUUUUUUUUCUGUAAUGGGGCAGGGCGGUUUUAGUAGUGCGUCUGCCGAAGCAGUGCGAUUUAGGACAAAAGGAAAGUAAAUAAAAUAUCUAUAUAUUUAAAGUUAAUAUUUGUGUAAGUGUUGUAUUGGCUCGCUCUGGACUUUCGGGUGACAGCUGAAGCGGAGAGAGCAGGAGCCGAGCCGAGGAGAGGAGAGGCGGUAUGAUGGCGGCGGCUCACGGUAACCCCGGCAGCGCCUCCGGCCCCAUACUCAUGCUGGCCGCCAAAACCAAGACGAAAAAAAAAAACUUCGUCCAGCAGAAGGUGAAGGUGUUCCGAGCCAGCGACCCGGUGCUCAGCGUGUUUAUGUGGGGAGUAAACCACUCGAUAAACGAUUUAAACCAGGUUCCUGUCCCAGUCAUGCUUCUCCCUGAUGACUUCAAAGCCAACACCAAAAUAAAAGUCCAGAACCAUCUUUUCAACAAAGAGAACCUUCCGGGUCAUUUUAAAUUUAAGGAGUACUGUCCUCAAGUGUUCAGGAACCUUCGCGAGCGGUUCGGGAUCGAGGAUCUGGACUAUCAGGCCUCUCUGACUCGCAGUCCUCCGGUAAAGGGUGAGGGCCAGGGCGAGGGCCUCCUGUUCAUCUCGUACGACCGCACGCUGGUGGUGAAGCAGAUCACCAGCGAGGACGUGGCUGACAUGCACAGCAUCCUGUCCGAGUAUCACCAGCAUAUAGUCAAGUGUCACGGCAACACGCUCCUUCCUCAGUUCCUUGGCAUGUACCGCGUGAGCGUGGAGAGCGAGGACACCUACCUCAUCGUCAUGAGGAACAUGUUCAGCCACCGGCUCGUCGUCCACAGGAAAUACGAUCUUAAGGGUUCCUUGGUGUCCCGAGAGGCCAGUGACAAAGAAAAGGUGAAAGAGUUACCCACCUUCAAGGAUGUGGAUUUCAGGAACAACAUGCAAAAGGUGUACGUGACCGAGGAGGAGCAAGAAAAGAUCCUGGAGAAGCUCAACAGAGACGUUGAGUUCCUGGUGAAACUGAAGAUCAUGGACUACAGCCUUCUGCUGGGAAUCCACGACGUGGCGCGGGCCGAGCGCGAGGAAGAGGAAGCAGAGGAGCCGAACUGCGAGGACGAGGUCGAGGCAGAGAACGGCGUCAACCCCACACCGCACGUCGGCUCCUACGGCACGUCCCCCGAGGGGAUCGCCGGCUACAUGAACUCUUUUAAACCCAUGGGCCCCGGCGAGUUUGACCCCUACUUGGACGUUUACGCCGUCAAAAGCGCCCCAGGUGCGCCGCAGAGGGAGGUCUACUUCAUGGGGCUCAUAGAUGUGUUGACUCAGUACGACACCAAGAAGAAAGCCGCGCAUGCGGCUAAGACUGUAAAGCACGGGGCUGGUGCAGAAAUAUCCACAGUUCACCCAGAACAAUACGCCAAACGAUUCCGCGACUUCAUCGCCACGAUCUUUGCAUAGUGCAUCUUCACAGUCCUGAUCUCACCUGUCUUUUCGAUGUUGUUCAGUUUCGGUGUUUCCAAUUGUUGUGUAUACAUUUUGCAAAAACUACCAUCAUUAAGCAAUAACGAACGACGUAAUCGUCCUGAUUAAUAUUAACGAAAUGACGUGCAUAUUUAUUUAAGAUGAGACUGAAAGACGUUCUUUAAUAUCACAUAUCUGUCACAGACACUAAUGGAGUAUAGUACUUUUCCCUGAGAACUGUGACCCUGUAGCAGUACCACACACACACACACACACACACACACUCUCGCUCUAUCUCUCUCUUCCUCUCUUUCAGAACAGAGGAAGGAGAGCUGCCUUGUUGUUCUUGGUGUAACGCGACCCACUGUUCUCUGUACCGCCUUUUAGCAGUUUUGCUUCCCCCAAGCUGCACUAGAGCGUGAUUUUGUUAAUAAAUGUAAUUUGUUAGCAUUUGUACCAUAGUUCGAAAGGGGAAGGAAAAAAAGGCAAUAUUUUGAAUGUUGGACAUUUGUAUAAAUGCGUAGAUUAUAUACAGGAGUUUCGAAGGUUUUCUAGAUAUUUUAUGCAGUUUAGAUGGAACAAAAAAUUGGGGAAAAAAUUCCAGCUUAGGGAACAGAAUUAGGGUCACAUGCCUUGUUGUUUCUUUUAAUUUAUAUUACAAGUCAGUGUUCGUUUGGACCAAAUAUAUUUUUUUCGACAAGUUGCAGAAACCUGGGUUUGUUUUUAUUAAGAAGGAACUUUAAUAUUUCACACCUCAUUUUUAUUGUGUGGCGUUCUGCUUCAGACAAAUAAGACUUUACGUAUGUAUAAUACGCACUAGAGAAAUAGCAAUUGUGCAAUUAAAACACAUGAAAACUAAAAA